ACGAAAAAUGAACAAGAAAACGAAGCCCGAUUAAGUGGAAGCAAAACACAAGCAAAAAACGGGAGCGACGCGAAUACGACAUUAUUUUUUCGUUCAUCUGUUAUCUAUUCCGCGAAAUUGACUUGAAAACGAAAGCUUGCGUUUCUUAUCACUCCCGAUUGAUGAUAUUAGUGUGAUUACAGUAAGUGUGUCCUAGAGUGAGCAAAAGACAUCGGUUAAUGUUUUCAAAAUCUAUCUUCCCUUCGAAUACUCGUCGUGUGCGUCACCCAUUUUUGUUUCUCAAUCGGUUGAUAUUCCACCAGCAAAAUAUUAAUAUUGACGAAAAAGUCUGUAUGAUGGUAAUAGUUUAGUAAAUCAGCGAAAAAUAAAUAUAGUACAGUGUGUUAUACACGACGAAAUACAUCGUCUUCCGGGGAUUGAAAGCCGUAACAUAGAUCAUUGGGAUACUGAAUAUAAGCAUCAUCUCCGCCAUCGAUUGAGCAACGACGGAUAUCCCACGACAGAAAUCGAGAUUUUCGACGAGUGAAGUAAAAAUCAUGUCUUCGCUUUCGGCUAGUGCUGAAAAUCUCUCCAGUGAUCAGAACAACGACGGCUCGUCAAUGUGUUUGGAGUUGGCGCUAGAGGGCGAGCGCCUGUGCAAAUCAGGUGACUGCAGGGCAGGAGUGGCGUUCUUCCAGGCCGCUAUCCAAGCAGGAACCGAUGAUCUACGCACGCUGAGUGCAAUUUACAGUCAGCUUGGAAACGCCUAUUUCUAUCUGGGCGACUAUACCAAAGCGAUGCAAUACCACAAGCAUGACCUAACCCUGGCACGCUCGAUGAACGACAAGCUGGGCGAAGCCAAAUCGUCCGGUAAUUUAGGCAACACACUCAAAGUGAUGGGACGCUUUGAUGAGGCGGCUAUUUUCUGCCAGCGACAUUUGGCCAUCGCCCAAUCACUUGGAGAUCGUUUGUCGGAAGGGCGAGCGCUUUACAAUUUAGGCAACGUGUAUCACGCUAAGGGAAAGCAGCUCGGUCAAAAGGACCCGGGUGAUUUCUCCGACGAGGUGAAGGAGUCGCUUAUGCAGGCCGUAGAUUACUAUCAGCAAAACUUAACACUGAUGAAGGAUCUAGGCGAUCGGGGAGCUCAGGGACGAGCCUGUGGAAAUCUAGGGAACACAUAUUAUCUUUUGGGAAACUUUGAAACUGCCAUCGAACAUCAUCAGGAACGACUACGCAUCGCCAGAGAAUUUGGAGACAAGGCAGCGGAGAGGAGAGCCAAUAGUAAUCUGGGAAAUUCACACAUUUUUCUGGGACAGUUUGAGCAAGCCGCCAAUCAUUACAAACGCACGCUGUCGUUAGCCAUGGAAUUGGGUGAACGUGCCGUGGAAGCGCAAGCUUGCUACAGCCUUGGCAACACCUACACUCUGCUGCGAGAUUUCCCCACAGCAAUCGACUACCACCAGCGGCACCUGGCGAUCGCUCAAGAGCUCGGCGAUCGGAUCGGUGAAGCGCGAGCCUGUUGGAGCUUAGGAAAUGCCCAUUCGUCGAUCGGAAAUCACGAGAAAGCACUGCACUAUGCCAACUCACACUAUCUGCUAGCGAAGGAGCUAGGCGACAUGGUUGGUGAAAAUACUGCCAAAAUGAACAUAUCGGAUCUGCGAAAAAUACUCGGUUUGCCCGAACUGCCAGUGGACAGUGUUUCCAUAGGGGCUAUUGAAAAUGAUACUCUACAGGAAUUGACCAGUCAAAAUACUCAAAUCAGUGGCAGCGGUAGCAACGCCAGUGGUGGAAAGGUAGGCGGUGGUGGCCUGAUGUCCAAACAGUUUCGCGUUCGGCGACAAAGCAUGGAGCAAUUGGAUUUGAUAAAGUUGACACCUGAUGGCAAAAAGAUGGUGAAUGUGCAUGAUAAACAGCAACCAACUACGCAAUCGGCACUUGCUCAGCAGCAGCAGAAAGGUAACAACAAGCAGGACGAGAACCUAUUCAAAAACAACGACGAAGACUUCUUCGAACUGUUGACACGUUCGCAGAGCAAACGAAUGGACGACCAACGUUGUACUUUAAAGUUGACUCACGCCGAGAGUGUGGAUUCCGCUAGGAAGCCGCUGACCCAGCACAACAGUAACGCUGCAGUGGCUAAGGAGAACAGAAACGCCCUACUGGAAAUGAUCGCCGACUUCCAAUCAGAGCGAAUGGACGAACAACGGGCUCUGCUGCCAGGUCUGAAGCGAAUUUCGCUCAACGCCUCGAGCAACGUGACCAACCGUCCAGCUAACCUUAACAAUAGUACAAUAACUGGGAAUGGUCAGGCACAAUCCCAUCAGCCGCCACCUUCAGAUGGUAUUGGAACACCGCCGGAUGAUGCGUUCCUGGAUAUGCUAAUGCGAUGUCAGGGCUCACGAAUCGAGGAACAGCGGUCAGAGCUUCCGACACCAAACAUCACAAUGGACGCCGAGUCCAGUGACAGAAGGACUAGUACUGGUAACUCCAACAGCGGAGCCACUGUUCCGGAUGAAGAUUUCUUUUCGCUUAUUAUGCGUCUACAGGGUGGUCGCAUGGAAGAUCAACGAGCUACGGUACCUUUGCACAGUAAUAACAACAACAACAAUCGCAUCAUCAAUAACAACAAUCAAAAUUACAACAACAACUACAAUAGCAGUAGCCAGGGAAACAGUUCAAACCACACCAGUGCAAACGGAAGCAGUCAGAACCAAAAUUCGACCGGUCGCGGCAAUGGUGGCGGACGGGAACCCAAAUGAGCUUAUUUUAUCUGAAAAUAGUAACUUUUAAAAAGAGUCGCAAUGUUCAGAACGGUAUUUGCAUCAUUGUGUUUUUAUUGAUGUGCUGUCAAGCAUAUAGUUAGAAGCACAACGAAGCAUUGCCCGACUCUACAAAGAAAGCAAACACGAUGAUAUCAAACGAUAGUAAUUUGUCCGCGCCAUAUUUUCUUUCCUAAUCGUAUGUGUUUUUUAUCUAAGGUUAGUAGAGAUGAUUUAUGUUUGCUUUUUUCAAACACGAGCCAUCCCUUCGAUAUAAUAUUUGUGAAAAAUUCCACUAAUUUAGUCCACCUGCAUGCAAUUUACAAUAUGUAUAUAAAAUAGAUUUUAAUAGUAAGGCAUUCCUUUAUUCACUUCAUAUUGUGCAGAACAGAUCGAUUCUCUCCAAUUAGAGUAUAUUGGAAAAUAAAAGACUUACAAUCUAUCUAUUUUAUUAUUAUCUAUCGAACGUAGGAGAACUUUUUUCACUUUUGUCUGCUAAAAUAUAAUAUAAUCAAACAAUUAGAACGACCAAAAUAGUUCAUAACAAACGAGUGCAGUCGCGAUAAUUCCCUAGUACGAUAAUUUUAGCAAGUAAAAUUACACUAAGCCUAGAACAAAAGCCAUUUAUUUAGAUGAUAAGCCUUUAGGCAGAAAAUAAGAUUGGACAAAUUUUGAAUAACCGGAUCUGCUAAGAGGCCAAGAAUGAAGAAGAUAGCACUGGUAUAACAUAGAACAAUGCUCCGCGGGUUAAAUCGAAUGCAAUAUGUUUCUCUAUUAGUAAGAGCGAUUAAAAAAAAGAUCACAUAAUACAAAAUCUAGGCAUUUAAAAUUGUGUGCUUCUAUUCUGCUAUCUAUUUAUAAGACGAAAAUGUCAUCAAAUCUUCCAAACUUUAGAGCUAAACCCAUAUAUAAUAUAUACGAAGCUAAACACCUUUACUAACAUGAUAUGUUCGUAAUCUAUCAGUCGGAGCCGAAAAGAAUUUAAUAGACACGUCAAACAAAUAUUAAAUAACCCUUUUUGCAAGAUUUUCUCUUUGAUCUAUAGUAGCAAUCGUAUUUUUCAUAUCAAAUGAACUGAAGAGUAAUUUUUUAAAUCAGUCCUACCCCAACAACAACAGCAGGUAUAUUUUUGUGUAUACUCAAUGGCAGAAGAAACAUUCAUUUUGUUGGAAUAUACAUUUUAGAAUGUGUUGUGAUGUGUGUUGCCUAUUAUUAUACUGAUCAUUUGUGAUAAAACAUUUUGGACCUACGAUUUGCUAUUUAGUACACCGCUGUAAAAGCCAAAAUGAGGAAAAGAAGAAAUCCCGUAGUUGUUGAAAGUUCAAAAAUAUUUUACCUAUCUACCCACGAUUGUUCUUGUUAUGUAUGAUCCCAACAGUCUGAUGAAUGGAAAUAAACUAUCUAUCUGAAUUAAAAA